AAAACAAGUGCAUUGCGAAUUUUACUCAAAGUCAAAAAAAAAAUAAAAAAUAAAUAAAUAAAUAAAAAUUGUCGUGCAGCUUUCGGUUAUAAAGCUAAUGUUGGAAAUUACAUCUUUAUAAGUGCGCGUGUGAUACGAAAAGGAAAAUUUCACGAAAAUGUUGAAUUCGGCACCCAUUCGUUAUACCAUUUAUGGCACAUUAUUGCUCGUGUUGUCGGAAGUUGGUUAUUACAGUUGUCGGGCGUUGAAAAAUUGGUACAAUAGCGUACGCAAGCCAAAAGAAUUGUGGGCCUUGAUUUUGACCAAUGAGCAAAGUCUGUCAUGCCUUGCUGAACAUCAGGGUAAUUCUCGUAAACUUAGUGCCAUUUCAUUAAAUGCUAGAGAACCUCUGGAUAAAAUAAGCAUAAUUGAAACAAAACUUGCGUGUGCGAAUCCAUAUUGUAUGGGUUCCAAUAUAGAUCGUAUCGUAGAUUUGUUAAAUGCGACAAAAUAUUCUAUAGAUUUAGCCAUGUUCGUGCUUACUUCAGUGAAGAUCUCGAAAGCUUUAGUGAAAGCAUAUAAACGCGGCGUCAUAAUUCGCAUAAUAAUAGAUAACGAUGGAGCUUACUCGACCAAUUCGCAAUGUGGAUAUUUAAUGAAUCAAGAUAUCGCAAUACGUUUGAACUCUCAUUUAAAUGGGAGACUAAUGCAUCACAAAUUUUGUAUACUUGACUCACCUUCGUCGGCAAAAUAUUUGUUAAAAAAACAAAAUAACUUAACUAAGCACACAUUAAAAGAAAUAAAUAAUAUAAGCAGCAUUUUAAUGAUGGGCUCUGCAAAUUGGACCAUACAGGCGUUUGCUACUAAUUAUGAAAACAUUUUAUUAACGAAUCAAAAGCAACUGAUCAAAAAAUAUUCAGAUGAAUUUCAACGUUUGUGGGAAUUGUUUGCUCCGACUUCUUCGGAACGGGCAGGUAAGUUUUCAUUAAUCAAUUUCUUUUCGAAAAAUUAUUUAUACUGUUAUUGGAACAACUAAAGGAUUCAUUCUUACUUUCGUUUAUCGCUUAUUCGCCGUUCUGACAAACUAUUUCAUAAAAAGGAUAUUGAAGUAUUUAGAUAUAUUCUCUCUCUAUCUCUCUCUCUCUCUCUCUCUCUCUCUCUCUCUCUCUCUCUCUCUCUUGUAACUUGCUUGUUUUAUGCUUUCAUGGUCAAGGGCGUACGUACCACCGUCAGUCAUAGGCAAUUAAUUUUUAGUUUAUUUUUCACUCUUUCCGUAAAGCUGUCUGUCCAGCGUUUAUUAUCUAUUUUACAAUUGCAAUUAAUCAAAUUUACGUCAGAGUCUAGCUUUUAUAUAAACUGCCACACAUUCAUUUAUGUGUGUGCACAUAUAUGUAUAUGCAUUUAGAAAAGAACAAUUUACGAAGCAACACGUGUCACAAUACCUAUUUAAAUAUAUGUAUAUGUAUUGGCCUUUUUUGCAUGGCGGCGCAGCAAAAACGGUUGCGUACCCAUUAGCGGCUGAGUUACAAAAAAAAAAAAAAGAAAAGAAAAAAAAAAAAAGUUAAAAGUAAAUAAAUAUAAAAACUAAAAUAAAAACAAAAGCCAUGAUAAUCAUAUGAAAACAUGCAAUAGUAAAAGCAACAUGUGCAACACGAAUGUUGUUAUGAAGAGUAGAAAAAAAGAAGAACAUAAAAAUACAUGAAAUUAUAAUUAUGAAU